AUGGACCACAUGUCUCCCAGGCUGAGAGCCUUCCUCUCUGAACCCAUUGGAGAAAAGGAUGUUGCCUGGGUAGAUGGGGUCAGCCGUGAGCUUGCAAUCAAUCUGUGCACCAAAGGUUUCAACAAGGCCUACAUCCUGUUGGGACAGUUCCUUCUGAUGCACAAGAACGAAGCUGAGUUUCAGAAGUGGCUCAUUUGCUGCUGCGGUGCCACCGAGUGUGAGGCCCAGGAGAGCUCGAACUGCCUGAAGGAGUGGUGCUCCUGCUUCCUGUAG